GUAGUUUAUCCGGGUGAUGCACAAUUAUCCUCCAACGAAAAAAUGAAUAUUUGCUAUUUGGCAUUCCCAGAUUCGAAUAGCGGUUGUUCGCGUGAUACAAAUUUUCAUUUUCGAAUAAAACGGUCAUCGGAUUACUUGAAUGUCUCUCAAAUUGCCUACAGUGAACGUGUACCGAUGUGUGCUGAAAUAGAUCCAUUGUUUUUUUAUGGUUUUGUUCAUUUCAGCGAUUCGUGUUCAGCUUGUCAUCAUAUCGAUCAGUGGCCGUCACCAGCCCCUGGUGAAUCAUUAAUGCUACCGUUAAUGGGUACCGUUAUUCAGUGUCGUAUACCGUGUCGAACUGAUAUUCCUCUCACACAACCUCCUCUACUUUUAGGCGUUAAAAAAACAUCCUCGCAAUAUGCUCCAGUGAUAUUGUCACCGGUUAAUGAGGUGAAUCUCUUCACAAAUCUUUUCUGUGUCUUGAACCAUGUCCAGCUUCUAUGGGAGUUGGUACUAACGAAUGAAACAAAUGCCUUUUAUAUGUUCUUGAACUUUCUGUUCAAAAUCAGUCGAUCGAUUUUCCCCAUUGCAGCCGAUCGUUGUAAUUGCUCCCGGUCCAUCUGUAUGCUCAUCUCUCGUACAAUCCUUGAUUUCACUUAUUUGGCCUUUGAGGUUUGUUUUCGUCAUUUUGAUUUGGUCGACCGGCAUACCUUACCCAGUGUGAUCCUUGGAGUAACGAAUCCGUUCUUCACAAAGACACUCCAACAUUGGCCGCAUAUUGUACGUGUAGUUGAUGCAAAUACUAGAAAUGUGGUGAGCGCAGAAAGGACUUACAGAAGAAUGUGGGAUGGUCGAACGUUGGACACUAAGCCUGGUUUGUACACUCAGUACAGACGACUUCUUAGUCGUGACAAAUCAUUGAUGAAGAAAUUACGAAAAAAUGAACGGCCCGAUUCUGUACAAAGUGCCAUAUUACGUCGUUAUAUGGUUGAUUUAACGCAAAGUUUUAUGAUGCCUUUGGAGCGGUAUCUUUCGUCAUUAUUACCUCUCAGGAAGGACAUGUCACCAUUCAAAGUGAACACCUUUUCUAUUGUCUUCUUUUCUUUACCUCAAACACUCAUGAUCUUAAUGCUCUCCAGUCAUUCAUAUUUCUCUCUUCAUUCUUUAACAGAUUUAUGCCAGAUUACUCAAGUUAACAACUUUCAGGCUGUUCCACAGAUAAAACCAUUCACACCGAAUGACUUCCUCUCAGGCUUGGAUGACGCAGAUCCCUCAUUGACAUGUGGAGUAAAAGGUGAUUGGAUCGGUCUCUAUCGGAAGUUCAUUUCAUCAGCAAAUUUCGAAGGUUGGUUACGCUGUAGGCAAAAAGAUGUGGAUCGUCAACUUCGUGCCACUCAUUUGGAGGUAUUGUGCAACGCUGAUUUUAGUGCGGGUAUGUUGUCGGAACGACAUGAAGUUGAGGUGGUUGAUUUGGUGUUAAAGUUAUGUGAGCGUAUUCGUGAAUUGGAUCGAGCAUCGUUCUCCGAAGUUCGUUUGCGUUUGCAGUCGCAACUCGCAACAAUCUUGCAAUCAGUCAAUGACGAACUAAAAUCGGUUCUUUUAUCGAAUGGCGUCUUGAGAGAUUGUGUCAAUUAA